AUGAAGUUCGCUACUUUGGCUACGGCAGCUGCGUCUUUGCUGUCGACUGCUAGUGCUCAUGGUGGUGUUGGAUAUUAUAUUAUCGGUGGAAAGACUUAUCAAGGAUGGUCACCAUACAACUCUGCUUCCGGUCAGACGUCUAUCCAGCGCCAAUACGGCUCCUUCGACCCGCUUGUUAUUGCCGAUCUCGGUAAAGUCAACAUCCGCUGCAAUAACGCCGGCAUCCUCGGCACCGGCCUAACCGCCACCAUUGCCGCAGGUAGCGACAUCAAAGCCCACUGGACGCAAUGGACGCACCGUCCUGCAUCCGUUCUAGUCUACAUGGCGAAGUGUCCUAGCAGCGGCUGUAACAGUUGGGAUGGAGCCGGAAAAUCCUGGUUCAAAAUCAACCAACAAGGUCUCGUAUCCGGGACUGAAAACGCCGGCAUCUGGGCUGGCGACACCAUCCUGGACACACUAAACUGGACCGUGACAGUUCCUGCCUCUCUCUCUGCAGGUGAAUACCUGAUCCGCCACGAACUCAUCGCUGUCCACCAAGCCAACAACCCUCAAUUCUACCCCGAAUGCGCACAACUCACCGUCACGGGAUCCGGCACCGCAAACCCUCCUGCCUCAUACCUCGUUUCUUUCCCCGGCGCCUACAGCGCUACUGACCCCGGAAUUGCGUUUAAUAUCGAUUCAGAUGCCGCGAAAGCGGCGACCAGUUAUCCGCUUCCUGGCCCCGCCGUUUGGGAUGGAAGCUCCACAGGACCAGCGCCGAGCUGCGACGUCGAGUGCGCCUGCUUGUGUAGCAGUAGCGAAGUAUGGGCAGUGUGGAGGCAAGGGAUACGCAGGAUGCACUAUUUGUGCCAGUGGGAGUACGUGUAA